AUGUGGGAGCGGGCGGUGCCGGCCGGGGAAAUUCUCAUUCAAGAGGGCGAUUUCGGCGCCGCGGCGAGCGAGCUGUACGUUGUCAAGGAGGGCAAGUUUGAGGUGCUGCAGAAGCGGCAGGGCGUGAACUUCCGGGUGAACCUCAAGGAGCGGGGCGACUGCUUCGGCGAGGUGUCACUCAUGUACUCGUGCCCCCGCACGGCGACGGUGGCGGCGACCACGGACGCCGUUGUGUGGGUGCUGGAUCGCGAUACCUUCAGGUUCUACGUGCGGGACGCGGCGGAGACGCAGGUAUCCGCCGUGGAGCUGUUCCUGAACAGCGUGCCGAUCCUGAACCCUCUGUCGCGGGAGGAGAAGCUGCGGCUGGUGGACGCGUUUGAGCAGCGGAGCUACACCCCCGGGAGCGAGGGGCCGAUGUAG